AUGACGGGUAUGAUGUGUGAGGAGGAGAUCAAAAUUAACAAUGAUAGUCGUGCAUUUUAUGGUGCGAUUGUCAGCCGCCUUAGCAAUUUUGGGUUUUUUGACGAGACCUCCUUUUUCGAAAACACGAGCAUACAAGAAUGGGAGAGCUGGGGCUUCGAUCCGGCAUCUAUAAACAAGAACACGUGGGGCUCAGCUUCAGGGAUAUUAUUACUUAAGAGCUGGGAUUUGAUUGGGUGCAUCCCGUUUGAAACGAUGGUACAGUAUGCCGGAGGUCAUGAUUCAUUUGAAUUAAGAUAUCUUCGUCGAUUGUAUAAAGAUCUCAACAAAGAAAUCUACCUUCACCUCAAGAACAGUCCCAUGGAUGCCGAGUACCUGGUUGAGAUUGAAAAGGUGCGCUCCACAAUACCGAAUACCACAUGA